AGACCAAAGUUUGAAAUUAAAUAUUCUCAGAUCCCAAACUGUCCCCGGUUACCAAAUCUUAGUUUCAGAUAACAACCAUAGCCAUGACUCGUCCUUUUCAACUGAGUCACCCCGUUCUUCUUCUUCUUCUUCUUCUUCUAGCUACUACCGCAACAGCCAGGCCGGGCUUUCUCUUCACUCGGACCACCGGCCGGUGCACACCGGACUACUGGGGCAGCGGGGUGGAGUCGUGGCCGAGGAUGGUCCCGCAGACAUCGACGGUGUCCAAGGUGUUCGGGUCCAGAGCCUACGAACGGUACAGAUCCGAUCUGACGCUGCUGGAAGCGACGGCAAGGAGCGACGACGAGAACGUCUUCCCUAGGCUGCUGAAGCAGGCGAGCGCGGCGCUGCUCAACUCGUACUCCAGGAAGGGGUUCCCGUACACGGCGUGGGAGGUGAAGACUCGGGUCAUACAGGGCUUGGUGUCCGAGAGGGUGGCGUCCCGUCAGGCCCAGCUAUUCUCUCAGGCCAAUGAGGCUUGUGAUCUGCACUAGGUUUGUGACUUGUUCUGGGUUGUAGUGGGUGGCGCUGGUUCUGAUACUGAUAGAAUACUUCGUUCUUGGUGGUGGGUAUUUCGUGUUUAGCGUUGGCAUGGGUUUUGGUAGUGUGGAUCGAUCGUUUGUUCGAUCUUGAUGAGUGUGUGAUUGGUUCUUGUUCAAACGGUUGAAUCAAACAAUGCUCUUUGUUGUUAACCAAUAUUUUAGUAAUUGGUCAAUGGACCUUUGUAUUCUAGUUUGAUGGUGAGCCUCAUGGGUUCAUAGCACUUGCUGCUGGUAUUCGACAAUAUUUAUGCUCUUA